AUGGAAGAAAAUGAGCAAGAACUAACUUGCUUAGGAAAACAUGAAAAAGAGCAUGAGAAGAAGGUAAAGAAGGAGAAAGGUAAAGAUAAGGAGGAAGAGAAGAAAUCUAUUGCUAUAAAGACUUCAAGCUCAAAGUCCUCACAUAAUGACCAAAGUGAUUGUGAAACAAGAGAUGACAAUGAUUUUGAUGAAGAAGAUAUGGGGUCGGAGUGUCUUAUGAUCAAGAAAGAUAAAGAGAAAGGUCAUCAUAAGAAAUCUAGAAAGCCUAGAAGAGCCUAUGUUGUUUGGGAGAGCGAAAGUGAUUCUUCAAGUGAUGAAAGCUCAACUUCAAGUGUUGAAUCAAACCGAAUUUGCCUCAUGGAAAAUAGAAAGAAGAAAAAGAUUGUAAGUCACUCUAAUCUUGAAUAUACUCAUGACUUAUCUUAUUCUCAAUUACAAGAAUCUUUUAAAAAUCUACAAAGACAAGCCAUAAAUGCUUUUAAAAAGUUAGCUUCAAACAAAAGAGUCUUUUCACUCUUAGAAGCUAAAGUUUUGGAAAAAGAAAAGAAUAUGUAA